UAUUGCUGAGCAGCUGGAACACACACUCACAGACGGACAGACAGGCAGAAUGAGUUCCACAGGCUCCAGAGGAACUUCGGUGAAACCCAACAUGGGCAGCCCCCAAAGUGCUUCGUCGGUGAUCAACCUGAAUGUUGGGGGUCACAUUUACUCCACUGCUCUUGGAACUCUGCUCAAGUAUCCACGGUCCAAGCUGGCUGAGAUGUUCAGCGGUCCAUCCAGACCCAAGGUGGACUUGGAAGGGAGGUACUUCAUCGACCGGGAUGGGACUCACUUCAAGCACGUGCUUGACUUCCUCCGGGGGCAAGACCCCCCGCCCAGUCUGGCCCAGGUGGUCUACCAGGAAGCCUUGUUCUAUGGCAUUGAGCCCUUGGUAAAGCUGCUGGAGGACUCACCCAAGAUCUUCGGCGAGAUGGUGGGCCGGAGGCAGUUCCUGGCCAGGGUGCCCAAUUACCAGGAGAACAUUGAGGUGAUGGUGCGAGUGGCCAGGGCGGAAGCUGUGGCUUCUCGCCAGUCCACCGUAACAGUGUGCGUGGUCAGAAACGAGGAGGAUGCAGCCAAAUGCCAUGAGGCAGUGAAUGGCCUGGACACAGACAAGGAGUCGGUGGUGAGAUUCGGACCCUGGAAAGCAUCUCCAUCCAUCUCUGACCUACUCUACUGCAUCAAAUUGGACAUCGAAAGCAAAGGCUACAGUGCCUCCUACAGGCCUCACGAGAUAGGGAAAGGGUUCCUUGUUCGACCUUGUGAAUUCCUCUACAAAUUCACCUUUACGUGGUGGUAAUACCCAAUGUAAUGACCCCAUCGCCUACCUAGGAGGCAUAGGACAAUCAGGAUAUUGUGCAAUUGUAUGUGUGAAGCGAGGAUGUUGCAUUUUGAAGCUAAACGAGAAUCACAGAAUGAUAAAGCACACAAGGCCAUUCUGCCUGUAAUGUCUGUGUCAGCUCUUCGGAAGAGCUGUCCGACAAAUCUCCAACACUUCCUCAUAGUCCUAAAAAUUUCUCCUUUUUGAAUGUUUACCCAAUUCUCUUUCGAAAACCACUGUUCAAUUCUGGACCCACGAUCUUUACACACGUCAUAUUCCAGAUCAAGACAACUCACCAAACAUCCCAUCCCACUGACUGUAAAUUUGGGCUCAUUGAAACUGACAGACCUGCCACUGGAAAUACAGUGUGGCUCCAAACUAACUACAUCCUGUACCAGCAUGUCUAUCUGCACUGUUACUUUCUUCAGCUGUAAUGCUGUUUAACUAUUAAAUGGACCCUGUGUUCUUUCUUUUUAAUUUCCAACGCACAAGGACAACUCAAGGAAAUGAGGCACUAUACGGCCCUUAAGGGAGCUGUUCCUGUCUAGGAACGAUCUCCAAUCUGAUUUAUUUAAUCUGAUGUACAAGGUGUUUAAACACCUUCAACCCAGAUGUAUCUAUCCAUAGAUAUCUGCUUCAUCACAGCAGUACUCAAACCCAUGUGACUAGAGAAUCUUUCAUUGUUUAUUUAAUUUGUUCUCAGACAUUACGGCGCACAGUUAGCAGGUGUGUCUCUCGGUCAUUAUCUGUUGACACCCUGGAUUCCUAUAUGUACAAUUAUCACUCAUGUUGAUCCUCCAUGGAAUUUAAAGCACUUUGCACAUUUUUAAAAGCAAUAUUGUAUUAGACUUUCAAUCAUCGUCCAACUGCCUCUCUGCCAUAGCAGAGACGGAGAGUGAAAUUCACCCAGUUAGGAAAACAGGAGGGGGAGCUCAUUGGAGUUGGCAACUAAUGCACACAAGAGAAAGUGCACGGGAACAUUGUUGAUUUAGAUUUCUAGCAUCCGUGGUAUUUUGCCUUCAUUCAAAAAUUAUUUUAAGUUUAGCAAGGCGACAUUGUUGUGGACCAGACCAGACCUCCUCAAAACAUUUCUAAAAAGUAGCCCGGACCCUAAAUUUGCUCUCUCUCCUUUUCUCUUGCUUCUCUCUUUUCUCUGCCUUUAAUUGUAAUUCAAACCGUUUCAUUCCUGUUGCCCUUUCCUUGUCUUUUGCCUCUAACUCAAGCUGCUUCAUUUUCAAUUCAACUUUAGUCAUUCUCCAAGGAUUCUGAUGGUGUUACCAGUAAACUUAAAUGCUGAGUUAUUGCUAUAAUUGUCUCUCCUUUUCUCACGGAAAGAGGCAGCUGCAACUCCAGAGUGUCUGCUAAUUCCAGUAGCUUGGUUUUAUUCACCUUUUCCAGGGCCCCCAAAGUCACUUCUUCCCCUCCCCAGAAAACCCUUGGUGACUGAAGGAACCGGUCCCAACCCAAGCACUGUUUAAACCAACUGAAUUCAACACCCAGGACAAAAGGCAUUAACAUCUACCACUCGCUGCCUUCCAGUCCAGCAACCCUAAUCCCAAAUUGGAACUACAGAACUAAAUCCCGCAAAGAGCCCCCAAUCUGUUAUGGACCAAGCCAGACUGCCUCAAAACAUUUCAAGACAUUAGCCCAGACCCUAACUUUGCUAAUUGUUUUAUGUAGGUGUACAGUGGAUAUUCCAGGAGUGAUGCAGUUGGCCCAACCACUUAGUUUUAAACAAAACCGAAUUUAUUUGCAAGAUUACCGAAUGAAACACAACCAAAAGAGAACAGAAUAUGGAAUAAUGUAACCUAUCCAAAAACCCAACAGAUUAUGCCAACUUAAUGGUGCUGUUCCAAAUACCUGCAACAAUCCCCAUAUACACUCCUUUGGCAAAAAAAAAUCAAACACAGGGCCUUACGAGAAAGAGAGAGAGACGGCAGAGAGAUUCAGCGAGGAACACCUUGUUCCAUGUAGCUGUAUCUUUGACCAGCAGCCUCUAAGCUGACUGACUACUUUCUCUGAACAGCCAGACUACUAAAACCCAAACCAAACCAAACCAGAGAAAAGCUGAGCUGGGAGUUCUGACCACUCCCCUUUUGUUGAAUAAGUGUUUUAUUUUCAAAACAGAUAGAUCAACUCCAGACAUUUCAGAACCUGCAUCUUUAUAACCUCCUAAAAAAAACCCAAGGACAACAUAACCUUGUUAAAGGAGCAACAUCAUCACAACAUGGGGAAGUGCACUAAGUGCAUUGCUAAUGAGUUAUGGCUCAUGAAUGAAUGGGAGAUGGUGAUGAUGUUAUUAAACUAGUAAUCCAGGGUUACGGGCUAAUGUUUUGUAGAAGUAGGUUCAAAUCGUAUUCAAAUGAACUUAAAUACAGUGAAUAAAACUUUUAUGAAAUGUUGGCUUAGUUUCAUGGUCACCACUCCUAUCAUCAAUUAUUGUAAAACCCCUUCUGGUUCACUAAUCCCUUUUUACAGAAGGUAUUCUUCUGUCCUUACCCGGUCUGGUCUACAUGUGACUCCAGACUCACAGCUAUGGGAUUGACUCUUAACUGCCCCUCUGAAAUAGCCCAGUAAGAGGGCACUUAGAGAUGGGCAACAAAAAUUGACCUUGCCAUUGAUGCCCAUAGUGCACGUAAAAAUAUCUAAACAAGUGGGCAAAUUGACACAAAAUGGACGAAUGGCUAAUCAACAUGGAAGUCGACAGAAAUGGGAAUUGGAUGGUUUGUAAGAGGAGAGUCACGAUUGGCCCAUUUACCUUCGCAGCUGCUCCUGGACUGACAUCAGCCCUCAUCUUGCCACGUUCUGUAGUGGCAAGAUGUCGGCCUCGAAAUGGGCAGAGCUGUCUCGCUGCAGGACCAGGCAUGUUCUACCUGUGGGUCAGCUGUGUCCCUGCAGUCAGCCCUGCCUCUGAUCAGAAAGACAUUUAACUAUGUCGCAGUGAAACUCGGAACAAUGAUGCAUUCUCCAAUUGCAGUUGGGUGUGGUGUACUCUGCGAGGUUGGUCUAUGUUUGAGGAAUCAGAUUGGGUAAUCUGCUAAAUAUGUCUGUU